AGUUAGAAAACAGAGAUUUCCCAACUAACAUUAUUGUCCAAAAACGGGUUCAAUUGAACAGAGAGAGACAAGACAUCGUAUAUAUAAACUGAAAUUAGAGGAUUUUGGGGAGUUAUCAACCCCCUCUUACAUAUUAUCACAGAGCCUAAAUGAUGCAGGAGAUAAUCCAUUACCCCAUCAAGUUUCUUCUUCUCUGUAUUGCCCUUUCUUUCUUAUUCCACCAUUGUUCUUGCCUUAAGAUUGGAGAAACUUGUAGCAGCAGUAAUUGUGAUGAAGGCCUAGUCUGUUCCACAUGUCCUGCUAAUGGCAAUACCCGGCCCAGAUGUACUCGGGUUCAACCCACUAUUCCCACCACCAAGGUAAAAGGUUUGCCAUUUAACAAGUAUUCGUGGUUGACGACUCACAACUCGUUUGCGAUUGCCGGGUCAAAGUCUGCGACCGGGUCUGAUAUUCUUGCUCCGACCAAUCAGGAAGAUUCCAUUACUAGUCAGCUCCAGAAUGGCGUUCGAGGACUUAUGCUUGAUAUGUAUGAUUUCAACGAUGAUAUCUGGCUCUGUCAUUCAUUUGGUGGAAAGUGUUACAAUGUUACAGCAUUUCAACCUGCAAUCAAUUCGCUGAAAGAAAUUCAAGGGUUUCUCGAAAAAAACCCAUCAGAGGUUGUCACAAUCUUCAUUGAAGACUAUGUCACAUCUCCAAAGGGCUUGAGCAAGGUUUUUAAUGCUUCUGGUCUUACUAAGUACUGGUUUCCGGUUUCUCGUAUGCCCAAAAAAGGAGAAGAUUGGCCUACAGUAGAUGACAUGGUCAAGCAGAAUCAACGUCUUGUAGUCUUCACCUCUAAAUCAUCAAAAGAGGCUUCUGAGGGCAUUGCUUAUGAGUGGAGAUACGUUGUAGAAAACCAAUAUGGAAAGGGUGGGAUGACAGUUGGUUCUUGUCCAAGUCGUUCUGAAUCAUCUGUUAUGAGUACAUCGUCAAUCUCUUUGGUUCUGGAGAAUUAUUUUCCUGACAAUCCCAACAAAACAGAAGCCUGUUUGGAUAAUUCUGCUCCACUAGUUAGCAUGACGAAGACUUGCUUUCAAGCAGCUGGCAAAAGGUGGCCAAAUUUUAUUGCUGUUGAUUUUUAUCAGAAAAGUGAUGGGGGUGGAGCUCCAGAAGCUGUAGAUGAAGCAAAUGGCCAAUUAGCUUGUAACUGUAGCAGUAUUGCCUAUUGCAAGGCAAAUGGUACAUCCUACAAAUGCGAGGCUCCAAAGUUGUCACCCCCACCACCAGCACAAGCAACGACUACAACUACAGGAACAUCACAAGAUGGCAACAAUAACUCUCAUUCAAGCAGAAGUAAACCACUUUAUUGGUUGAUUGGCACAAUUUUUGCAGCAACUCUUCUUCUGCACAUAUAAUUGCUGCAUUCUCCAAACGUCUAUGCUCAAAUUUUCAGAUCAGACACAUUACCUUGCGGAGCAGAAUGACAAUCCUCCUUAUCUUUGAUUUUUUUAUUUAUAUAUCUUGUAUUUACUGGUUGAGUUUCUUCACUUGUCGGAGAUUGAUGUGUUUAUAAUUAAAAUGUGUAUGAUGGGGCAAUGAACUGCAGCGGGAAAUUGAAUUGUUC